AAAGGGGAGGAGUGGAUCGCCACUUCCGUCGCUUCAACCCGCCUGCCUGGCCCCCAACGUUCAAAACCCAGGAGCCCUCUUUUCUUUUCUCCUCUUUCUUCCUCAUCUUUGAUAAAAGCCCUGUAGGCUGUAGCUGGAGGCCUCAAUUACCUUCCCUCACGUUCUGCACCCAUAAUUUAAUCGCCACAGCCUCCAUUAUUUUUUCCUCUCCGAGCUCACCCUGUCGCCUGCCCUGGCCUGUAUACUCUCCCAAUCUUGUUCUCUAUCUCCCACUGUCCUCAAUUCUGCUAGCUUCUCUCUCUUAGAGGCGGAGGAAGAAGAAGCCGAGGGCAGGGCACAGGAGGAGAGAGAGAAGAAGCACAGCGCCAGGAAUUGAAUUCCACCGACCCACGCACCUCUCAGUCAUCCCCUUCCCAUUUACCUCCACCUAUAUAGCUCUCCAUAAUUCCCCGGGCCUCCUCUCUCUUGUUAGGAGUACAGUUCUCCUUAUAAUUGGACUUGUCCAAGGCACCCAGCACCUUUCUUCUUCAUCUCUCUCUCUCUCUCUCUCUCUCUCUCUCUCUCUCUGUCCAUCCAUCGACACACAGCCAGCCACCAAGAGCCAUGCAGGAGGAGUAGAGUACAACCAGAGAAAGAGAGUUAGCUCGCAGCUCCUUGAUUCCACCCACCACUGUCCCUUAUUUACAGGCGUUCGUGAUCAGCAACAGCUAGUCGUCAGCUAGAGUGCAGCAGGCAGAGAUAGCUAGCAGCUAGAAAAAAAGGGACCUGUGUGCACCAAGCAACCCAGCCCAGGGAGGAGAAGAGAGCUAGCGAGCUUUCAUUUGGCCGAUCGUUUCCGAGGAACAGAGCAAGCAGGAAUUCACAAAGGUGAGUCAAAUCGCCGAGGGUGCAUACCAUGUGUUGUGUUCCCAUUCCAGUUCCCAUCACCUCUGCAACUUGCCAUCUUAUGCAUCCAAAAUAGCAAGGAUUGAUCACAGCCAGAACCAAAAAUUGCAUACUUUUCCAUUUUUGUGUGGCCGUUUUACAUCUUUCUUUUUUUAAUCGCAUCCUCGAGUUGCCAUUUCUUGCUAGCCGCCCCGGCUGGCGGCCAUUUGUCGCCAGCUUCAUUGCCAUGUCCGGUUCAUCCCAUGCAUUUCUGUAGUUGCACAACUCAUUCUUCAAUUCCUGGGAAAGAAAAAGACAAGGAAAACACACUGGAAAAAAAAAGAGCCUCCAGUUUGGACUGUUUCUGAAUUUGAAGACUGCAAAAAAUGGUUGAGGGAGGGAGCUUGCGAAGCUUCCGAUUUUACUAGAACUUGGAUAAGGCCCCGUUUAGUUCCCAAAUAGUUUCUCACACUAUUCAUCACAUCGACUCUUCGGACACAUACAUGGAGUAUUAAAUGCAGUUGAAAAAAUAAUUAAUUACACAGUCUAACUGAUUACCACGAACUGAAUCUUUUAAGACUAAUUAGUUCAUAAUUAGAUAUUAUUUAUUAAAUAACAAUAAAAUGUGCUACAGUACCAAAAUCCAAACUUUUUCACCAACUAAACACACCCAAAAACACGUUUGAACUGGGGGAAUUGGAAUUGACCGGGAUGGAUGCUCAGGGUCACACGGUAUUCCUUUCCCGGCCUUUUUUCCACAGCGUCAUUGUCUGUACCUUUGCAUGCACCCCCCAUGCUUUUACAGAUAUACGCUUCCCUCCCUUCCAGUCUGGAUUCUCUGGAAGCAGAGGGGACAGGCAGACAGUGGAAAAUGUCCAAAAUUGAAUAGUUGCCACGUACUGCUGCUACAACAUAUUUGGAUUGGAGGGGGUAAAAGAUUAAAAUGCGUAGGAAGUAAAAAGACAGGAAGAUUCCUUGCAUUAUUUCCAACCAGUGUGAUCGGAUCAACGCAAAUGGUGAAGUGGGAAAAUUAAAAUAUAAAAACGGGCUACCAGGAAGAACAGUAGAAUUCCUCGGGGUUUUCACCCGAGGACUUGGCAAUAAUUAGCUGCUUUACCGAGGGGCGAAGGCGCUUCGAUUCGAAGCAGCCGCAGCCAGGUGGCAGCGCAAUGACGCGUCCGGGCCAAUGGCCUGCGUCCACGUCAGCGCAUCUCUUUUGACAAAUUUCUUGUGCUGGCCGCUCUGACUUUUACACCGGUACACCAGCACCACCACCUUGGUGGUGAAUCAAUCAAACACUCUGAUUUUUCUAACUUUUUUACACGUAAAUAUUUAAUAUUUUUUAUUUGAAUACGAUACAUCGGCUGCAUGUACUACGUACUCUUUCUACUCCAUCUGGUCGCCUAUGCUUGCUUCAGAAUAAAGAAAGCCAGAGAAAAUCGACCCGCCCCGCGGGCCGUCACAUGCGCUGCUCACAUGUGCGUGGGCCCCCCCGCCGGCCCACAUCAUCAUGCACCGCAUACAUAUGGCCAUGGAGCAGGAGCCCGCCCAGCCGUCACUUUGAAAAAAAAAAUCUCUCUCUCUCUCUUCUCUCUCCUCAUUUGUUUGCAUACAGCUCAUCCAUACCGCAAAGCCAAGAUCACAUUUUGAUUAGUGCUAAAGGAGGGCUAGAUUAGCAAGGUGUCUCAUCAUCAUCCUCCAUCCAUACCAUCCAUUCUGCAACGCGUCUUGGCAAAACGUCUCUGCCAAAGAUACGAAUUCAUCCAUAGCCAUAUAUGCAGGCGUAUCUUUGGAAUCAAUAAGUAUUUAGGCGAUUGAUCGGAGACAGAUGGCGAGCGCCGGAUUCGUGGAGGAGAUGAUGAGGGAGCAGAGCCUCCUGGAGGCGACCUGCGGCGACCUGUUCGACCACAUCGACGACCUGCUCGACUUCCCCAAGGAGGAGUCCUCCGCCGACGUGCUCCUCCUGGACGCGCCGGCGCCGGGAAGCCCGCUCUCCGCGCGCAUCAUCGACGUCGGCGGCAAUGCGCCGCCCGCGCCCGCGCUGGAGCCGCUGCCCCCGCCCGCGGCGCAGGAGGACGACGCCGCCGCGGGGGCGCCGGUGUUCGACGCCAAGGACGUUGGCGGCCACAUUGGCUCGUGCGAGGACCUGGACAUGGACAUGGCGCAGCUGGAGUGGCUGUCGGGGCUCUUCGACGACGCCUCCAUCCCGCACGAGCCGGCGUUCCCGGGGGCCACCUGCGCCGCCCCGAUCAAGAGCUCCGCGCUGGCGGCCAACGCCGGCGUCGCGCUGCUGCCGCCGGACAAGAUGGAGGACGCGCUCUUCCGCAGCUCCAGCCCCAUCUCGGUGCUCGAGCACAACAGCUUCAACGCCAACAACAACGUGGGCUCCGCGUCCUCCUCGUCCUCCUCGGCGUCCUCCUCGUCAGAGUCCUUCUCCGGGAGCGGCGGGCACGCGUGGUCGGCGCCCGUGUCGCCGCGCCCGGAGCCGCCGGUGCUCGUCAUACCGGCGCGCGCGCGGAGCAAGCGCUCCCGCCCGUCCGCCUUCACCCCCACCGCGGAGGCGCCCACCAUCCUCGUGCCGACGCCCAUGUACUCGUCCACCUCCUCGCACUCGGACCCCGAGAGCAUCGCCGAGUCCAACCCACACCAGGCGCCGCCCAAGAAGAAGAAGAAGGCCAAGAAGCCGGCGCCCCCAGCGCCGACCGCCUCCGACGCGGACGGUGACAACGACGGCGACGCCGACUACGAGGAAGGCGGCGAGCGCUCGCUGCCUCAGGGCGCCGUUAGGAGGUGCACGCAUUGCCAGAUCGAGAAGACACCGCAGUGGCGCGCGGGUCCCCUGGGCCCCAAGACGCUCUGCAACGCCUGCGGCGUGCGCUACAAGUCCGGGCGCCUCUUCCCGGAGUACCGCCCCGCGGCGAGCCCCACCUUCGUGCCGUCCAUCCACUCCAACUCCCACAAGAAGGUGGUGGAGAUGCGCCAGAAGGCCGUCCGGAGCGGCGAUCCGUCCUGCGACCUCCUGCAGUUCAUCCGCCGCCGGGAUUAAAUCGUCGGUCGGUCUCGUCCCCCUUAGCUAUAUAUGUAUACAUGCUAGUAUGUAUGCAUGCAUGGUUGCUUCAUCAGUAGUCAGUCGUUGUCGUCGUCUUCAUCGUGGUUGUCAUCAUCAUCAUCACCGCCAUGGAUCCACCCAUCUUCACCUGCAUGUGUGUUUCUGUCAGCAUCCAUCAAUCCAUCGCCGGGCAUCCUGGCGUUAGUUCAUUAGGGCUUUUUUCAUCGGGGGUUAGUGUUAUUUUAUCUUUCCUUUUUGUCUAUUGGUUAAUUGGUUCCCCUUAAUGUUUUUUUGUUUGUAUAGAGAGAGAAAGAGAGAGGAGGGGUGGGAGAGGAGGGCAGGAGAAAUAGAUGAAUCAGAGUGGUUGUUGCAUUGCAAUUGCAGUAGCUUGCAAGUUAGGUAGGUGAGAAGGAGAGCUAAACCAGCAGCAGAGGGAGACAGAUUUAGAGAGGAAACUUUGCAGCUAGUCAGUCAGUUAGAAGAAAAGUGUUUCAGCAAGUGAAAGGGGAGUUUGUUGGUUUGCUAAUUAGAAGGAAGAUUCUGUCAGAUCAGGUAGUAGCUAUCACCCAUCAGGAUUUGAAACUUGAAGAGAGGGCGACAGCCAUCAUCCAUCAGAGUCUGUAUUUGGAGCUUGGUGUACUGAACUCUGAAAAUUCUUUUUGCAGUCCAUCUAUGUUUAGGGAUUGAUAAGUGUUGUUUGGUUUCUUCUAUACUAGUAGUGCUACAUUUUAGUGAAUAAUUAUAUGAGAAUCUCUUUCGUUUCCUCGUCC